AUGCUCUGUACAUACAUAUGUACAUAUGUACAAGGCAAGGUCGAGUACGCCCAUUUUGUGUGUAUGCCUCGUCCGGGGGUGGAUGAUGCUGCCCGAUGCUGCUGGAUGCGUUGGCCCCGCCCUCCGUCCAAAAGGGGGUUGGUUCCCAGACACAGAUUGCCAGUUACCCAGUCGGUUGCUCACUUCGCUGCGGCGCUUCGAACGCAACACAACGCACAUAUCCCAUAUCCACUUCGCCGGCGAAUCGGAGAAAUGGCCUGGCUACCGAGCAGCUCGAAUGGAGCGGACAACGCGGACGAACGGAGCACGGCCUCGAGCGGCUCCUCCGGACACAGCCAGCCCAAUGAGUCACCGCGUUCUGGGCACCUGAAUGGCAACAAUGGAGGCAUACGGGACACUGCCGACGCCGGCAGGCAUCCGCCCGCCCUGCUGCGACAUGCCACGCCCCACUUGCAGCCCAAGACGGAGUCCGUGUCCGACGGCGACGGCGACGCGGAGCUCUCCGACUUCUCGCUCAACGACACGGAGGAGGACGAGGAGGAUCUACGCGACUACAUCGUUCUCAAUGGCAACCAGGCGGAUGGGAAUCGCUCACUGUCUAGUUCGCCGCGCAGUCACUCCCGCAACGGACUGCUCACCGCGCCGGCCAGCUCGGGAAGCUCAGUUGGUGGGAGCGGCGGUGGCGGUAGCGGUGGCGGAGGCAAUGGCUCCGGGGGCAAUGCAUCCAGUGGCGGCGGCAGCGGCGGAGGAGCCACUGGCGGCGUACGCAAGGUGUUCACCAACACCAGGGAGCGUUGGCGGCAGCAAAACGUGUCCGGCGCCUUUGCGGAGCUGCGGAAGCUGGUGCCCACGCAUCCGCCGGACAAGAAGCUAUCAAAGAACGAGAUCCUGCGCUCGGCCAUCAAGUACAUAAAGCUGCUGACGGGAAUCCUCGAGUGGCAGCAGCGACAGGCCCCCGCGCAUCCAAUCCGGGCUCAACUGGAGCCGAACAACAACGACAAUCGGAUGGCCAACGGUCAUGCGGCGGCCGUGGAGCAUCUGGAGCACCAGGAUGUUCCAUCUGUGCGGCAUAUCAAGUGUGAACGCACCGACGGCCAGAUGCACAGGAAUGGAAUUGGGAGCGGACACGGACACGGAAACGGGAAUACGGGCAACGACCUGCUAAUGAUUGCCCCGGGACCCAUUGUGAAAAGCGAGCUCCUCCUGGAGUCACCACUGCCCCUGGGACAUCCGCUAGCCGGACCACCCCUUCAACUGGCCACUGCGCCGCUGGCCAUGGCGGAUCAGACUCGGAUCAGCGGCCCAGGAUCCGGUGUCAAGUCGGCCAGCGGGCGGAGCAGCAAGCGACGCCUCAAGCCGGAAGGUGGGGCCACCGAUCUCAGCCUGGGCAAACGCCGCAGGACGUAGAGUUCAUCAGCUGCGGGAGAUGCAAUCUUCGAGAGAGUGGAUACUGGCGAUAGUAUACUAUCCCCAAAUUGCUGUUUUUUUUAUCUACCAAAACAUUACAAAGUUAAUAGUGCAAAUUGAAGAGCCGAAAUUACUAGUUAUAGUUUCUCUGGUUUUCCUAAAGUCAUCCUAAUUGAUGUACACGAAAUAAACAGAAAUUUC